AUGAUGGAAGACAAACCAACGCCGUCUUCCCUUGGUGACAUUGAAGCAGCAGUACCGACAUCAAUCCCCGACACAACCGCUCCAUUGAGUGUGCGAUCUGACACGGAUUCUAUUUCCCAUACUCAUACUGCAAUCCACCAUGUGCAUUCAAACCCACUACACUCCGUGUCUGCAAUGCAAACUAUCCAGCCGAGUGACUUGGCAGUCGAAAAUACCCGGGAGAUAUAUCCAGGGUCAAUUCGUCUGGGAGCCUCCGAGUUUGCGGUGACUCUUCCCAUGGACUCUCGAGUGAAAGAUGACUACGAUCGAGUGUGGUCCAACUACAACCAUGAUGCAGAAAUCUUUCUGAAAAGCUUGGACAGCUCCAUACAGGGGCCCGGUCCUCGGCGGGAGCACCUCCUGUCUCGAAUGCAUGAAGCUAUUUCCAGGUUGAACAACGUUUCGACUCAUCCAGAUCUGAAUAUCACUCAGCAUUUAUCAUAUGAAGAUUCGGAACUGACACGAGAGGCUGACUGGGCCGAGUAUUCGAGCUCAAAAUUUCGAUUCCUCGGCUUAUGGAUCCAAAUGGCGAGUAUCUACGACCUGCAUUUGAUCCUGGCGGUCCGAGGUUUCGCAUACACUCGUCCGCGCGAAGAUCUCGGGGGUAAUUUGGAGGUUUCCAUGGUCAAGGGAUCUCUAAGCUUCGGCAUCCACUCCAACGAGGGGAUACAAGAACUUUUCAAAGCGCCGUCCGCCAUCAUUGUUCUCGACUCAUCGUUCAACCCAAAUAGUCCGUCUGUCCAACAUACUCGAACCACCUAUACCCGUAAUGGAUCUCUUCUCCCUGUCAUUUGGCUGCUUGUUUCCAAUGCAUGUGAGCAUAUUGAACGUUGUCUACCGGAUAUCCCCGAACUUGAAAGGGUAGCACUUCUGAUUCAAAACAUCGACCAUCUUCGCGACAAAGUUGGUGACCUACAAGAUGAUGCGCUGGGGGUGUAUGAGGAUGUUGAGGAGAUUCUUGGCUAUCUAUUAGACAGCCUUUCCAGUUGGCCACUGCCCAUCAUUGAACCUCUUCAGCUUCCCCCUGUGCAUGAAUUUGAUUCCUCAACUCCUUCAUCUGAUGAACCAGUGCCAGGCACUCAAAAGCGGUCACUGCAGGAAGCGGAAAAUGAAGACAAAUCUUCGAAGCGUGCCCGGGUUGACAUGGAAGAAAUCAGUGAAAUGACGCAAUCCACCAAGCCACCAAGUCAAACGCUAGAUCACGAUCUUCACUCCCUGGAAAAAAGUCUCAUUCAGCUGAAAGCCACGCACGCAGUGGAGCUGGAAACAUUGCAAUCCGAGCUGGCUCAGACAAAGUUGCGCCUACAGGGGGUUGAGACAGCCAUGAGUGAUUUACAGCAUCGCUACGAGAGUCGGACCAGCGAUCUCCACAAAACCCGGCAAGAACGUGAUCGUUUGACUGGGAACGUCACCACUCUGGAGCAACGGACCGGAAAACAGAAAGAAGACUUGUCUAAAUUAAGAGACGAGCGUUUAAGCUUGAAGCGCGAGCUUGAAGAAGCUCGACAGGAACUGAAAGCAGGUGGCGGCGACCUGGCCACGCUUGAAGCAGCACGUGAAGAGAAUCGUCGUCUUACCCAGGAGCGAGACAGUCUACAACGGAAGGCUGACUACGAAAAGAAUCAGGCGGAAUAUACGCGCGAGCAGUACCAGACUGCUUCCACUGUCGCUGCACAGGCUGGCAAUGAGCUUCGUCAAGUCCGAGAGGAAAACGAGGCAUUGGCCCGGAAGGUGGCAGGCAACGCCGUUCGCCUUCGUGAGAUCAAUAUGAAGGAUGAUUCAGCUCGCCAUCUCGCUCGGAUUACAGAGCUAGAGCUGAUGCUGGCAUCACGAGAUGACCUUCUACGCAAAAAAGAGGAGGAGCUACGUGAGAUUCGAAAGAACCGUCCGUCGACACGGUCAACAAGCACUCAGCCUCGAAGUCCCAAGUGGGCCGGUAGCCGCCCUACGAGCCCCGGUGUCAAUCAUAAUGGAAAUGGUAAUGGCCUUGCCGGUCGAGGAAGUGCCUUGCGGUUUAGCUCGGAGAUGCCGUUUUGA